CGCGACGAUGGCGCAAGAGAGGGCCGCACGGCGGCGCGCGGGCGCGGACCAUGAUAGUCGGGGAAGGGACGGUACGUAAGCAUGUCGCCGCUCGCUAUCGUACGUAGAAUCACGGGCAAAUCAAACAUGGCGAUUCGAUCGCUGUUUACGGUGCGGGCAUACGGUUACUAGUGCUGCGCGCGGGUGGUACCAGUACGCGCGAGUGACUCCUUGGUGACGGUACGUGGUCGUGCCAUCGUGUACAAACGGGUAUCGGUGCAUUUUGCGCGCAUGGAACAGCGUGAGGCGGAAACGGCAACGAGGAAAGCGUCGGGCGGCUGGGCCGACGAUGGAGCGCACGACGCGACGACGGGCGUCGAGGCUGCUGGGCCAACGCCUGCGACGUCAUCGCCUCCGGCAGCCGAGCGGGUGCCGCGACCUGUCGGCGAGAACGCGGAGCAGGACGUCGACUGCGCCAACGGACGGAAUUGUCAAAAGUCACUUACAAAUUCCUGUGGAAGAUUGGAAAGCGGUAGCGGUAGCGGCGAUCAGGACGGUGGUCAGCACGACGAUGGAACGGACAUUGCGGCAAAGAAGAGAAAAACACGAAGAGGCAAACCCAAGCAUAAGAAGUUAAAGCCAUAUUCAAAACAGUUGUCGUAUCAACAACAAUUGCGAAGUAGAUGUAUCGGCAGGAUCGCUAAAACUAGUAGGCAACCACCGGCCUUGUAUAACACCACGCAAUUUCUCAUGGCCGAUCACAGCGAUCUGCCUGAUCUCGAGCAAAAGUUAUCGGAAGCUGCGUCAUUGGAAGUACCUGCUAUGUUUCAAAAACCGUCGGCGCCGUCGCGCACUCGCGACUCUAGUUUCAGCGUGGAUUCCGACGAAGAUUACUUUUACUCGUCCCCGGAGGACGAGGAAGAAUUUUUAACGAAGGAAUUUUCAACGGCGUACGAAGACCUACAUGAAGAGCGAUUGAGCACAUUGACGAAAACGGAAUUGAUACAAGAAUACAAGUUCUUAGAAGCCAGACUGGAUUCAUUAAUAAAGAAACGUAACAAGGGUAAUCAUCAAACAGGAGAGGAGAAGGAUUCGGAGAAUAAAAACGUGUCUACUACUACAGAUUCUGAGACGGCGAAGAAAUUAAAGCUGUAUCAACAACGGAUCGAUGAUCUAUUGCAGCAGAUCGAGCAGUUGAGCCGCGAGAAUGAAAUGUUACGUACUGAAAAGAGAUUACGCGCGAGCAGCUCCGAGUCUAGUGUCGACAGUGAAAGCGACAGCGACAGUUCUAGUAAUAGCAACCAAAGUGGAUGUAGUUGCUCCCUCUCGAGUCCAGUAACAUCUCCCGAGCAUACUUAUAAAUCUAGAUUAGAUAAUAAUGUAAAAACAGAUAACAAAAACGAUAGCUGCGAUACUAGCCAAAGUGGAAGUCCCAGAGCAUCUAUAACACCUACUAAUUUCUCCAACGGUCACAUAACUCUGAAUGAAACCGGUAGUUUACCUACCUAGAUUUCGAAAUUGCUUCUUAGUAUGUAUUGAUAUUACGUUCGAUAUUACGAAAUUUCCAUUGAUAAAAACAGGCUGCAUUCACUCGAUAUAUCGACAAUUACAACAUUUAAAAGAAGCAGCUUUCUUCAUGCAAUUUUGUUGUGAUUGAACAACAUUUCAUCUUUCUUCUAAUACCUGCUAAAUCUCGUUAGGCUAUCGUUUAAUAUCUCAUUACUAUCACUCUUUGCCCAUUCUUCUUUUCCUUAAGACUGUAUACAGUCAUGUGGAUACAUACAUGUGUAAUAAUAUAAAUAUAGAAUUAAAGUUCCAUAGGAGAAUUCUAUUCGCGUCUGUUUAUGCUAUUUUUGUUAUUUUUGCUUGACAAAAUAUUUACCAUACGUAUCAUAUUAUAUUUGCUUCUAUCUCCUGUUUAUUCUAAUAUCGUACAAUGAAAUUUGUGUUUUUCAACCUGACUUCUUUCUCCUUUCGCGUACUGCCAAUUGCAAAAGUUAUGUUUGCAAAUAGACGGUCUACAGACCAUCAACUAACGCAGAUCUAUAUAUAAUUAUAUAUAUGUAUACACACACGCACAUGAGUAAAGUGCGAAGCGUGAUUUUAGACUCAGAAGUAUUAUAUGUAUAAAAUGUAAUAUUAUCAAAUGUGAUGACCUAUAUUGUAGGAGGUUAAAAAUCUUUGUACAAUUGUAUAGUUUUAGUCAGUAAGACGAAAUGUUAGUUUAUGGUCUGAAAAUUGUAAGAUACGCAAAAGUGUUUUUCGCAUUUCCAAUUUUUAAUAAAUUUUAUGUUUUGCUCCAA